AUGCCGCUGUUCCUUGCCAACCUGGCCAUGUCCAGCUACUUCCUCGCACUGUGCUACGUGUUAAUAACUGCAAUGACAGUAAACAAGUAUAUGGAAGUACGUGGCGUACUUAAACGCCACCAACACACGGCGUGGAGUACCGUCCAGCUGCUAAUUCUUAGUAUCGCAUUGGGUUCUUUCUUCCGAUCAGCCACGUUCUCCACUCUCUGCAUUUUAGACUCUCAAACUGCAGCAGAUCUACCUACUGGAAUAUCCGACAAAAAUCCAUGGGCUCAUGGGGAACAGGCACCGAUUUACCGAGGAGACGACAGUGAUAGAGCAAUGGCAGACACGGUAGGAAGCCACGCACAGACCGAGCUCGACUUUUACAACAAAGUAGUAGCCGUGCUCUUUAAUUUGCCAGAUUUUCUCUUUGUGUCAUCGUAUUUGCUGCUGGUUCUUGUCUGGGCUGAAGCUUUUCAGUCGUCACGGCGUCAUUGGUUUUCUGCAGCAGCUUUUAGACGAAAGUGGAUGAUCUUUUACUUGGUCUUUAAUGGAGGUCUGUACUUAACUCAGCUCGUGCUAUACGCGAGUCUGUUCCUCUACGACAAGAAUGGGAUCUUUGAUGACGAAAAGGCUGAUCGUCUCAGUGUUAUUCCAGCGACGAUUUUUUACUUGGUCGCAGCUGCAGACCUGUUUCUUCCGAUCAUUAUUUUCUCGACGUGGUUGUAUUUGACGCUGUCAUUGUCAGGAUUUCCAUUCAAGUCGCAAUCGGCGGAGCUUCGUCUUCAACGGGUUGGCCGAAUGGUCAUGGCUUGGAGCUUUGGACGUAUCCUUUACAGUGUCAUGACACUUCUUACGUUUACCAAGGGAUGGUUUAAUGUGCACCGCGAAAAUGCAUCGACACAAGCGAUGCUACUCGUGGUAGUGUUUUUUGCCGCAGAGCUGAUACCCAUUUAUUUAACACUGGACAAGCGUUUACUUGCGAUGCUCUCUGUGGAGGAUUAUGAACCGCUACUAGAGAGCAGUGGAAUCUACCGUUAG